AUGGCAGAAAACGCUUCGACUACUACUACUGCUCGCCGUGAAACUUUUGGUGGAAUUGUAUACAGAAUCUAUGCAUUCAAAGGAUGGGUAGAACGAGCUCGAAAAAGGUUACGCCUGUUCCGAGAGGUUGAUGUGGACGUUGAGUCGAAUUUUAGAACAGCGUUACGAGAAGAUCCUGAAGAUGAAAAAGAAAAUUCUGGCUUCUUAUCGUUUACUAUCGAUGAACAUGGAAACGCCUUCUACCUUUGGACCUGUCUAGUCAGUCUUGUUGCUCUCCACCCUCUCGUUUUCACUUCUCUCUCGGUGUUUCAAAAUGUUCAUUCAUUUCUGAGAACUACAGGUCCGAUCAAUUUACUCCUAGAUCUCAUAAAUAUUUUGGAUCUGAUUGCUCAUACUAGAAUCGAGUAUGUGGAAAAUGGUGUGGCAGUGAAAAAUUUGUCGAAAUUGAUGCAUCAUAGAUUGAAGUCAAAAUUUUUCAUACUAGAUGUUAUAGCAGUUAUCCCAACAGAAUCAUUGGAAGUUUUUGGAGAAAGUUUCUUUUGGGCAAGAAUCAAUCGACUCACAAAGUGUUAUCGACUUUUUAACUUUUCCACCCAAACUGAUACUCGUACAACAUCUCCACAUGCAUUCGGACUUUUCAAACUCAUCUUCAUUUGUAUGGUGAUCUUCCACUGGAAUGGAUGUCUUUACUUUCAUAUCAGUAAAGUCUAUAACUAUGCAACCGCUCGACUGGAGCAUUGGAUAUUUUCCUAUGACAAGAUAAUCAAUCCAAUUCUAGCAACAUGUGCGACAGACGAUAUUUAUGAUAAAAACUUUUGUGAUACGGAUGACCUUUUGAUAACUCAUUUACCAGAUAAUGAGGUUCAGAGUACGGUGACCAGUUUCAUGAGCACUUGGGAUAAUAAGUUUGAAUCCACAGAUCUCCUUUUCUGUUAUUCCAAUUUUUCCAGAACUGAAACUCUGAAAUUUGCCAAUUUCUUCCGUCAAUAUGCUCUCUGCUUCUAUUGGUCUGCUCUCACUCUAGUUACUCUUGGCGAACAACCAUCUCCUUGUACAACAUUUCAAAACGCGUUUGAAAUCGGAGACACUCUUCUGGGUCUUGUCAUUUUUGCUGUGAUCGUCGGAGAUGUUGGUAACAUGGUGGUGGCGAUUAAUUUGAGAAAAUCAGAAUUUGAAAAUGUUUUGGAUGGAUGUAAACGAUUCAUGGUAUAUAGAAAAGUUCCACACCUUCUUCGCAACAAAGCCGUUGAAUACUUUGGCUAUGUUUGGGCUCACGGAGGAGCACAAGUUGAUGAAGAGGAGAUUGCCGAGUUCUUGCCGCCAAGAUUGUUCGGUGAAAUUGCGGUAGAGAUUCAUAUGGACACUUUGAAAAAAGUGAAACUGUUUGAGAACUGUGACCCACGGCUCUUGUAUGAGUUGAUUUUGAAGCUACAACUUCGAGUGUAUAGUCCAAUGGAUUACAUCUGUAAAAAGGGAGAGGUUGGAACUGAAAUGUAUAUUGUAAAGGAAGGAUUUGUUGAGGUUGUCAGUGAAGAUGGGCAGACGAUUUUCGUAACUCUCCCCGCUGGUUUUGUGUUUGGAGAGCUCUCGAUUCUGAACAUUCCAGGAAACAAAAAUAAAAAUUUGAGAACUGCAUCAGUCAGGUCUAAAGGCUACUCUGAUUUGUAUGUUCUGGACAAAGAAGAUCUAUGGGAAGCACUUCGAGAAUAUCCGCAAGCCAAAGAUUCCCUAAUACAAAAAGGAAUUCAAAUUUUGGAGAAAGAUAAAAUGAUUGAUCCGGAUAUGGUGGAUGAUGAUGAAGGAGAUUUUAAUGGUCCAAUUGAGGAUUAUAUAGAACAUUUGAAUCAAGAAAUUCUGAAAUUAACAGCGAUGGUGGAUGACGCGGAGAAAAGUAUUCAUGCAUCACAACAAAAAAUGAAAAAUCGAUUGUUUGGAGUGGAAAUGGAGCUGAUUGAAGAAAUGAAAAAGAUGAAAGAAGGAAUGGGAGAAUGCGAGAAAGAGGAAUUAAAAUUCUGGAAGAAAAAAAGAACCAAUGUUUGUCUGCUAUAG